AUGGCUUUAUCUGGGACCACAGGCCUAAAGCAGCCACUUGAGCUGGUUGAAAAUAAUCUAAUGAUUUCCAGGGAAGCCAGAAAAGAAGACAAUGACAAAAAAGGGAAAGAAUCAACCAAAAUUCCAUUAACUGCAUACAAGCCAUGCAACCGAGACAGCACUGACCUCUGUGACUGUCUUUUUGUGAAAAAUCUUGACAGGUUGGCAAAUGGAUACGACCGUGGCGGCGAAAGGAACGAGAAGGACAAGCCACCGGGCCACCGUCAAUCUAUGACAGCUAGGAAUAUGGCUUUAGAUCUUCAUUUCCUUACCAAAAACUCAAAACCUCAAAAAACAAAAAAGUCUCUCUAUAAACCCACAAAUUUCUUAACCCACCUCAAAACCCUAACCACCGCCAAAAUCUCUCUCCACCGCCACUCGUCUACAAUCCCCUCUCGCUUCACCUCCUUGAAAGAAGCCUUGAUUGAACAUCACCGAUGCAAUUGUCGUCUCCAUGUGAUGUUUGGUGGGUCAGGACGGAGAUCUUGCCCUGGUGCUGGAGACAAAGUUGAAGAGGUUUUUGGGUCUGAUGAAUUGGCAUUGGGUCGUGAAGGUGGGGAAGUAGGCAGAGGAGAAAGGCUUGUGGUGAUUCAUGCCACACAUCUUCAGAGCCCAAAAGAAACAUUAUUUCCUAACCCACCUCAAAAUCCUAGCCACCACCACCAAAACCCCCUCCACCGCUCACCACCGUCCAGAAUCUCCGUCCGCUUCCUCUCCUUCUCCUCCCAAGAAGAAGCCGCUGCUGAGCGCCGCCGACGCAAACGUCGUCUCCGCAUUGAACCCCCACUCUCUUCCCUCAACAGAAACCAACAGCAAACCCAACAAAUCCCAAAACCCAUCCAAAACCCCAAUGCCCCAAAACUCCCUGAACCCAUUUCCUCUCUUACAGGCAACCGCUUAAAUCUUCACAACAAGAUUCUAACCCUAAUUCGUGAAAAUGAUCUUGAAGAAGCUGCGCUUUACACGCGCCAUUCGGUUUAUUCGAAUUGUAAGCCAACAAUUUAUACAGUUAAUGCUGUGCUUAAUGCGCAAUUACGCCAAUCAAAAUACUCUGAUUUGCUCUCUUUGCAUAGGUUUAUCACUCAAGCUGGCAUUGCUGCCAAUGUGAUAACUCAUAAUUUACUGUUCCAAACUUAUUUGGAUUGUAGAAAGCCGGAUACUGCGCUUGAUUAUUAUAAACAGAUGGUAAAUGAGGCUCCUUUGAGCCCUUCGCCGACUACUUAUAGGAUUAUGAUUAAAGGAUUGGUGGAUAACGGGAAGUUAGAGAAGGCUUUGGAGUUGAAAGAUGAUAUGAUUGGGAUUAAAGGGUUUUCGCCGGAUCCGGUUAUUUAUCAUUAUUUGAUGGUGGGUUGUGUGAGGAGUGGGGAUUCCGAUUUGGUUUUUAGGCUUUACGAGGAGUUGAAGGAGAAAAUGGGUGGUGAGGUUGUGGGGAAUGGGGUUCUCGUUUACGGGGCUUUGAUGAAGGGGUAUUUUAUGAGAGGGAUGAAGAAGGAGGCGAUGGAGUGUUAUAAUAAGUUUUUAUCAGAGAAUUUGAGGGGUAAGUGGAGUGCCGUUGCUCAUAAUUCGGUGCUUGAUGCGUUGUGUAAGAAUGGUGAGUUUGAUGAGGCGUUGAAGUUGUUUGAGAGUAUGUUAAGAGAGCAUAACCCGCCAAAGAGUUUGGUUGUGGAUUUGGGGAGCUUUAAUGUGAUGGUUGAUGGGUAUUGUUUGGAAGGGAGGUUUAAGGAUGCUAUUGAAGUUUUCUUGAAGAUGGGUGAUUAUAGGAGCAGUCCAGAUACUUUGUCUUUUAAUAAUUUGAUUGAUCAGUUGUGCCAAAAUGGAAUGCUGGUUGAAGCUGAGAAGGUUUAUGGAGAGAUGGAUGGAAAGGGGGUUAAACCGGAUGAGUAUACGUAUGUUCUAUUGAUGGAUACUUGCAUUAAAGAAAAUAGAAUUGAUGAUGGGGCGGCUUACUUUAGGAAAAUGGUUGAAUCGGGGUCAAGACCUAACUUGGCAGUUUAUAAUAGAUUGGUUGAUGAGUUGGUUAAAGUGGGGAAGAUUGAUGAAGCAAAAUCGUUUUAUGAUAUGAUGGUGAAGAAACUCAAGAUGGAUGAUGAGAGCUACAAGUUUAUGAUGAAGACAAUGAGUGAUCUUGGGAAAUUGGAUGAGGUGCUUAAAAUGGCUGAAGGAAUAAUAGAUGAUGAGGAGGCUGAGUUUAGUGAGGAGUUGCAGGAAUUUAUUAAAGGAGAAUUGAGAAAGGAUGGGAGAGAAGAGGAGUUAACAAAACUUAUGGAGGAGAAAGAGAGACUGAAAGCUGAGGCUAAGGCCAAAGAGGUUGAAGCAGCUGAGGCUUCCAAGAGAAGCGCAAAAGCUGUCAUCAACUCUUUAAUUUCAUCCAGUGGAAAAAAGGAAGCUGAGACAGAGUCAGAAGGAGCUAAUGAAAAUGCCAUCGAGGCUUCCUUUUCUAACAAAGAGGCGCCAGUUGAGAAAGGAGAGAGCGUUGAGGAAGCUACUAUUGCAGAGUUUGCUCCCACUGAUGCAAACACAGAGGAGAGAGUAAUUGAAGGUGAUAAUUCGGAUGAGACUGAAAUUAAAAGUGAUGGUGCAACUGAGCAGCAGGUUGCAACUUGA